AAGUUAGGUUAUAUCGUAUGCAUCAAAAUCAUACAAUUAUUUAUAAGCUAGUUUUUUAAGGAAAAAACACUUAAAUUUAGUGAAUUUGCAGUGCGAAAUCUUUAAAAAACCACAGACGAACACUUGGCACAAACGAAAGUUACGUGUAAACGUCGUGGCUUUUGUUUAGUUAUUUUGAAGGAGAGAAGAACUUUGGCAACUUUUGAAAUCAAUCCAAAAUAUAACAUAACAGAAACCAUAACAGCAACGCAACUCAACGCAACCAGCAACUAUAACAGUGUAAAAAGUUAAGAAAAAAAAGUGCUAGAAGACCCAAGCGAGAAGACAUUUUAUUUCUUAUACACCCGUGUGAAUAAACAGCAGCAAAAUUACGUCAAUUAUUGAAAACCUACCCGGCGCAAUAGCUCACAAUCACCAGAACAACAUCAUGGAAGAGGACGAGAGGGGCAAACUGUUUGUGGGCGGACUAUCUUGGGAGACAACGCAGGAGAAUCUGUCGCGUUACUUCUGCCGCUUCGGCGACAUCAUCGAUUGUGUCGUGAUGAAGAACAACGAGAGCGGCAGGUCGCGUGGCUUCGGUUUCGUCACCUUUGCCGAUCCCACCAAUGUAAACCAUGUGCUGCAGAACGGUCCGCACACGCUCGAUGGCCGUACCAUCGAUCCGAAGCCAUGCAACCCACGCACGCUUCAAAAGCCGAAGAAAGGCGGCGGCUACAAGGUGUUCCUCGGCGGUCUCCCAUCGAACGUAACGGAAACCGAUCUGCGUACUUUUUUUGGUCGGUACGGCAAAGUGACCGAAGUAGUUAUCAUGUACGAUCAGGAGAAGAAGAAAUCUCGUGGUUUCGGAUUCCUGUCCUUCGAAGAAGAGUCGUCGGUUGAGCAUGUGACCAAUGAGCGGUACAUCAAUCUGAACGGCAAGCAGGUGGAGAUCAAGAAGGCCGAGCCUCGUGACGGAUCUGGCGGACAGAACUCGAACAACAGCACAGUGGGUGGUGCCUAUGGCAAGAUGAACAGCGAGUGCAGCCACUGGGGACCCCAUCAUGCUCCGAUGAACAUGAUCCAGGGCCAGAACGGUCAGAUGGGUGGUCCGCCACUGAAUAUGCCGAUCGGUGCGCCGAACAUGAUGCCCGGUUAUCAGGGCUGGGGCACUUCGCCGCAGCAGCAGGGCUAUGGCUAUGGCAACAGCGGCCCCGGAUCGUAUCAAGGCUGGGGCGCACCACCUGGCCCCCAGGGACCACCACCACAGUGGUCGAACUAUGCUGGACCCCAGCAGACCCAGGGAUACGGCGGCUACGAUAUGUACAACUCGACAUCGACGGGCGCUCCCUCCGGACCGUCUGGCGGUGGUAGCUGGAACUCGUGGAACAUGCCGCCCAAUUCGGCUGGACCCACUGGAGCACCAGGAGCUGGGGCGGGCACCGCCACGGACAUGUACUCGCGUGCCCAGACCUGGGCUGCGGGCGGUCCAUCAACCACUGGACCUGUGGGCGGUAUGCCGCGCACUGGUCCCGGUAACUCGGCCUCAAAGUCGGGCUCCGAGUACGACUAUGGCGGCUAUGGCUCCGGCUAUGACUACGACUAUAGCAAUUAUGUUAAGCAGGAGGGGGCAUCCAACUAUGGUGCCGGCCCAAGGUCAGCGUAUGGCAACGACAGCUCCACACAGCCGCCGUACGCAGCCUCUCAGGCUGUUUAAGGCGAUGGAGCAGCAUGUUGUCGUGUCGCUGUCGCCGUCGUCGUCGUCGGCGUCGUCCUCGUCGUCGGUGAAUGAUGAAGAAGACAAAAAAGAUGGUGGUAAUUGUAAGCUAAAGCGUCGUCUGUUCGUUUUUAUUUCAGAUCAGAUCAGUUGUUGAAAUUAAUAUUUAACUCGUGUACAACCCUAAUUUAAAGCAAACACAAAUUUAACACCAGAGAAUACCUAGCGACAAGUCAGAUUCAUAGAUAUAUAUAUAUAUAAACAUGUAUGUUCUAUAGCAAUGAGUAUGUAAUAAUUCAUAGGCAACAACAACAACAACAACAAAAAACAACAUCAACACUCACUUACACCACACCAAACGUACUGUAUAUCCUACUGUAUCCUAAGCCAACAUUUACCUAUACCUACUACCAUCCAACCAAUCAAACAAGAAACCAAGAAACCUAGAAGAACUAACAACCCAGAGCCCGUAGGUACCGAAACACAUGGCAUUAACAAAAUAUAGAAUUGUGAAGAUUUAAACGUAAUGAUUUACAAGUAUAAAGUUUAGCUAAUUAGACACAAGAUCAUGGAUGAAAAGUGUGCGAAAUACCAACAAAAGGAAAUAAGAACUUCUAAUUUUAUUUAAAGCGUAAACAAGUAAAGAUCCCUUUAUUACUAAAAUUAGUAAAUACAAAUUCGAAAUUGUACAUUUUAAUGCAAAAGCCAGUCGGCCAGCCACCGGCCUCGUCUGCGCACACACUCACACACACACACAGCCCAUCCACACACACAGUAAAUCCCCACCACUCGACAAAAGGGGCGACAAGGUUUAGUCCCAAUGGGGGGAGUUUGAAAAGGAAUCGAAUCCAUUGAAAUUCCGAGAACUCUCUUUUUGGUGGCUUGCCUUAGCCCUUAGGCCAUGACUCAUUCUGUUUGAAAAUUGUUUUAUUGCUUGAUUGAUCGCUUGGUGGGUGGGUGGAUAGAUGAGAUGGAUGCGCGGAUAAGGUCGGAGGCUGAAACGAUACGAGAAAGAUACGUUACAAAAUUAAAAAUUUACCAUUUAAAGUAAACAAAACAAAAACUAGCUAAAAGUUAAACUACAUAUAUAAAGAAACCUAAUUGAUAAGCGUAUGUCGUCGUUUACAUCUAAGCGAAAGUUGAACUUGAAACUAGAAUUAUAUAGUGCGUUGGAUUUAUUAUUUAGUUAAAGAGAAAGUGAAAUGCUACCGAUACUGAGAAGGCAGGCGGAAAGUUAGCAGAAGUAAAAUGCUUAAUGGAUAUGAGAUAUGAGAAGCGUAAACCACAAAAAAUACGAAACCACACUCUUAACAAAUAUACAUAAAAACUAUAUACAUACAUACUUAUAUACCAUAUAUAUAACGAGUAUAUAUACAAAACAAACGAGAAAAAGAGUAAAAAAAAGAGCAAAAGGAAACGUAAAUUUAAACCUACAGUUAAUGAUAAUAAAAAUGGAAGCAGGGAGGCAGAGAGGAAUAAGGAUUGAGGACAAAAGUUACCAGAGAGAGAGAGAGAGAUAAAAACGAUGCUUAGAGUUGCGUUGCACAUUUUUUUCAAAUUUUCAUCGUUUGCCAAGCAGACAAGAACAACAACAGCCGCCG